GGCUUCUCUUUGCAUAUUAAUCAGCCUCAGAUUUCUUCUGCACCAAUGCGGGCGCCGGCUUCACUCUCCGUAUACGCACCUAGCUGAUUUGCAUAGAGCUGCAGCCGGGGCCCCGACACUGUGCAACCCUAGAAGGGAAAAGGAGGCUGCGGAGCUGGACUGGUGUGUCUGGCUCCUGGCAAGCAGGGGAGUGGAGUAGGAGAGGCAGACAGGAGCUGGAAUGGCUGCACGGUUCACUUCCUAGGCACUGCAACACGGCACAGCAGCAACAGGGAGAGCGCCACGGCAGAGGCAAAGCCCAGCGCACGUUACCUGCUAGCUUGAGAUGAGCCCCGCAGAGGGCAGGGAGCUGCUGCCUUUCAAUGGAGCGGGAGGGAGCAGGCAGAGACGCUGAAGUGCUGGCUCCUUGUGCACGGUGUUGAGGGGAAGCCAGAGGGGGAGAGAGGGCGAGACGCUCCGCUUGCGCUGGGCACGGAGGUGGGGAGGGAGCUGCGGUAACAAGGACUCAGCUCGGCUCCGCGCGGGGCCAGGGCAGCGGGCGCGGGGGACGAAUCGUUCUGCGAAGGGACCCAGCCCCGGCAGCCUCGCCGCUCCCAGGAACGAGGCUCCCGCACGCACCGGAGGGGCUCGCAAUGCGGUGCUUGGCUCUGCUCGGCUUCUUCGCCUGGGGUUUCGGGAGCUCGGCUGGGCCCAGCGGCGGAGCUUCCCCUCCUCCUUGCCCGGCUUCUUGCAGCUGCGACGGGGACGGAGGAGUCGAUUGCUCCGGCCGGGGGCUGACCGCCGUGCCCGAGGGACUCAGCGCCUUCACCCACGCCCUGGAUAUCAGUAUGAACAACAUCACAAAGCUACCAGAGGAUGCAUUUAAGAACUUUCCUUAUCUUGAAGAGCUACGACUGGCUGGCAAUGACCUUUCUUUUAUCCAUACGAAGGCCUUGUCUGGGUUGAAAGAACUCAAAAUGCUAACCCUACAGAACAAUCAGCUGAAGACUGUACCUAAAGAGGCCAUUAGAGGACUAAGUGGUUUACAAUCCUUGCGUUUAGAUGCUAACCAUAUUACUGCAGUCCCAGAAGACAGUUUUGAGGGUCUUGUCCAGCUACGUCACCUGUGGCUGGAUGACAACAGCUUGACAGAAGUCCCCAUUCAUCCACUCAGCAAUCUUCCUUCUCUGCAGGCCUUAACUCUGGCUCUCAACAAAAUAACACAUAUUCCUGACUUUGCAUUUACAAACCUUUCAAGUCUCGUUGUUCUGCAUCUUCAUAACAAUAAAAUAAAAACAAUAGGAAAACAUUGUUUUGAUGGAUUAGACAACCUAGAAACUCUGGAUUUAAAUUAUAACAACAUGGUAGAAUUCCCUGAAGCCAUUAAAGCACUUCCAAGCCUAAAGGAACUGGGAUUUCACAGUAAUUACAUUUCCGUAAUCCCCAAUGGUGCAUUUGAGGGAAAUCCCCUUCUAAGGACUAUACAUUUGUAUGAUAAUCCUCUCUCUUUUGUGGGGAACUCGGCAUUUCAGAAUUUAUCAGAUCUGCUCUCCUUGGUAAUUCGGGGUGCCAGCAUGGUGCAGUGGUUUCCUAAUUUGACAGGAACCAGUAAUCUGGAGAGCCUGAUUCUUACAGGCACCAAGAUAAGCAAUAUUCCCAUUAACCUAUGCCAAGAACAGAAGAUGCUUCGGACUUUGGACUUGUCUUAUAAUAACAUAAAGGAGCUUUCAAGAUUUAAGGGCUGCAGUUCCUUAGAAGAAAUUUCCUUACAACAUAAUCAAAUCCAGGAAAUCAAAGAAGAUACCUUUCAGGGACUAACUUCCCUACGCAUCCUUGAUCUCAGUAGAAACUUGAUCCAGCAGGUUCACAAGGAGGCAUUUACUACACUUGGUGCUAUAAUUAAUCUAGACUUAAGUUUCAAUGAGCUGACUUCAUUUCCAACUGAAGGACUGAAUGGACUAAACCAGCUUAAACUUGCAGGCAACUUCGAACUGAAAGAAGCAUUGGCAGCAAAGGACUUUGUGAAGCUCCGGUCUCUGUCUGUUCCAUAUGCCUACCAGUGCUGUGCAUUUUGGGGUUGUGACUCUUAUUUGAACUCUAACAUGGAAGAUUCCAGCCACCACGAUCAGAGUGUGUUGAUAGAUCAUGAUAGAGCUACAGCAGAUGCAGAUGUUCCAAACACUGAUGAGAAUGAAGAGCUGAGUCAGACGAUUAUUCAUUGUACACCCACGACAGGUGCUUUUAAGCCCUGUGAAUAUUUACUGGGAAGCUGGAUGAUUCGACUUACUGUCUGGUUUAUUUUUCUGGUUGCCUUGUUCUUCAACCUGCUUGUCAUGUUAACAAUAUUUGCCUCUUGUACUCCAUUGUCUUCCUCCAAACUGUUCAUAGGCUUGAUUUCUGUCUCUAAUUUAUUUAUGGGAAUCUAUACUGGUAUAUUAACUUUCCUGGAUGCAGUCUCUUGGGGAAGAUUUGCUGAAUUUGGCAUAUGGUGGGAGACUGGCAGUGGUUGUAAAGUUGCUGGGUUUCUUGCAGUCUUUUCAUCAGAAAGUGCCAUUUUUUUCCUGAUGUUGGCAGCUGUUGAACGAAGCUUCUCUGCAAAAGAGAUAAUUAAAAAUGGGAAAAGCAAUCACCUAAAACAAUUCCAAAUUGCUGCAAUUUUUGCUUUCCUGUGUGCCAUGGUAGCUGGAUGCUUACCACUUUUCCAUAAAGGGGAGUAUUCAGCCUCACCGCUCUGCUUACCCUUCCCCACUGGAGAAACACCUUCACUAGGGUUUACAGUAACUUUAGUGCUCCUAAACUCAUUAGCAUUUUUGCUAAUGGCUAUUAUCUAUACUAAACUUUACUGCAACUUGGAAAAAGAGGACCUGUCAGAAAACACACAAUCCAGCAUGAUUAAGCAUGUCGCUUGGCUAAUCUUCACCAACUGCAUCUUUUUCUGUCCUGUUGCAUUUUUCUCAUUUGCACCACUGAUCACCGCAAUCUCUAUCAGCCCUGAAAUAAUGAAGUCUGUUACUCUAAUAUUUUUCCCAUUACCUGCUUGUCUGAAUCCAGUCCUAUAUGUUUUUUUCAACCCAAUGUUCAAGGAAGACUGGAAAUUACUUAGACAGCAUAUCACCAAAAAAAAUGGAGCAGUGGCAAUUGCUGUCAAUACUCAAGGUGGCUGUGUGAUACAGGAUUUCUACUAUGACUGUGGCAUGUAUUCACAUUUGCAGGGUAACCUUACCAUGUGUGAAUGUUGUGAAUCACUUCUUUUAUCCAAACCUGUACCAUGCAAACACUUAAUAAAAUCACACAGUUGUCCUACACUGGCAGUGGUGCCUUGCCAACGGCCAGAUGGGUAUUGGUCAGACUGUGGCACACAGUCUGCCCAUUCUGAUUAUGCAGAUGAGGAUGACUCUUUUGUGUCGGACAGUUCAGACCAAGUGCAGGCCUGUGGUCGCGCAUGUUUCUAUCAAAGCAGAGGAUUCCCUUUGGUUCGUUAUGCCUACAAUAUACCAAGAAUUAAAGACUGAAAGGCUCUGCUGUAAGCUGUUCUCAUAAGGAAGAAGUACAAUGUUUCAUAGACCAUACCUGUUCUGACCUUUCAACCAGGAAGCACUUUUGUAAUCAUUGUGUGGUGUCACUUGUAAAGAAGGGAAGUGGGCAGUAAAUUUAUUGAGCCAUACAUUUUUGGGGGUGGGAGGGGGAAAGUUGACAACUGUAAAUAAUGGGUAAAUCAAACCUUGUAACCCAAUAUUUUUAUUCUUUUCAAGCAAUACUGGUUUCUUUUAUACAGUUUUUAUGUGCUAAAGGUCUGUUUCCAUGUUGAACUCCAAUUGUAUUUUGCUUCUACUGUUGUGUGAGGCAAGUUCUAUCAAUCUUUCUGGUUAAGCACAAUAUAAGGGACAGCUGUUAAUAUUAAGAAAUUAUUUUUAAAUGUGAUUUUCUAUAAUUAAGAAAAAAUUGUUGCUAGCUUUGUAUAGUAUUUUCAGCAUUAAUCUCAGGAUGACUUACUGCAGGGCCAAAAGAAGGGACUAUGUCUCCCAUACAGAACUGUGAGAGAAAUAUAGAUAUAACAUUUUUGUUUUUAUAUUUCAAACUAAGAUUUGAUCUUAAUAAGAUAACUAUUUUUUAUUUUAAAAUAUCUUUUAUCAUCCCUCAAGAUCUGCAGACUGUAUGAAAUAAGAAUAUUAACAGUUGUCGGGAGCGGUAGAACUGAAUAUCAGAGGGGUAGCCGUGUUAGUCUGGAACUGUAAAAAGUGACAGUGUCCUGUGGCACCUUAUAGACUAACAGAAGUAUUGGAGCAUAAGCUUUCGUGGGUGAAUACCCACUUCUGUUAGUCUAUAAGGUGCCACAGCACUCUUUGUCACUUUUUACAGAACUGAAUAUGGUUUUCAGUGGAGACACCACUGCUUCAGGUGAAAACCAUAGUGCCAUUCCUCAGUAUUAUGUAAGGUCAUACUACCAGAAGGAAUUACCGUGGGCUAGACAGUGUGUAUCGUCCAUGCUGUCUAUGUAUGAGCUUAGCAUGCUUAUUUAGGAAGAGAGAGAGAAGCUAAAAUAUUUUGCAGCCCUAUUCACUGUUUAUACACACAGUGAUGUCUCUGAGCAUCUUGAGACUUUACCAAAAGGGGUGGCAAUGAAAAGCAGUUUUGCAAUAUAGAAACUUCUGCAUCUCUGCCAAUUAUUUUUCUCAGAGUAAAGUACAAUGUGGUGAGACGGACUAAUCUUGAUGUAAAUUGGUGAAUUAAUUUAAAAUUUUCUUAAGCAUCUAAGACCCAAGUAUCACUUAAUUACCAUCAAUUAUCAUUCAGUCUGUACUUAGUUUGAAGUUUGAUCAACAUAAAGUUAUGAAUGCAUGAUCAAAGUAAUUAUAGAAGUUUCUUGAACAAUAUGCUGAAUCAGUAGCAAAUCCACUGCCAUACCAGUUACUCUGGAAAUGUUCUUGUUAAGAUUUAAGCUAGAUUGCUGUUUUGAGACUUAAACUGUACAUACUGUGCAUAUAAUGAAUUUUUAUCUUUGUAUUGUAAAUUAUUUGAUAGAACACAUGAUGGGAAAUACGGCUUCAGUUCAUUUUUGUUAAUUAAAGCUACCUCCUAAACUAUAGUGGCUGCCAGUAAUUGUGGUUUAUAUACUUUUUUGCAUUGUAAAUAGACAUUGUUGUACAUUGUCACUGUAAUAAAACAGAAUCCUUGUAUAUCAAAUCAUGUAGUUUGUACAAAAUAUUGGGAGUGUUUCAUCUACAUUAUGCUGUAAUUUUUGUAAGCCAAACUAUUCAAGUAAAAACAAACAAACAAACAAAAAAAACCAUCCCAGAGUUUUAGCUUUCGUAUAGUUAUACUCAUAAAUAUUUCAUCUUAAAUUGGCAUGGAGUGUCCCAGUAAAAGCAAAUAAAGCCAACAUGGAUAUUGCUAGAAAUCACACGUCUUAAAAAAUGCAUAAGAUCUUGGAAAAGUCCCAGAUGCACAAAAUCAGCAUGGGUCGUUAUGCUCAUAAAUAUGGUGUCUGAUACAAUGUAUUACAUAUGGUUGGAGUUUUGGAAAGAGAUGUGCCAACAGAAUGACAGAGUUGCCAGUUUAAAUGUGAAUUUAUGAACUAAACUUAAUGCUGUAGACGGCAGUAGGUUAAAGUGUUUGGCUUUUUACAAAGCACUCUUCAUUGUGAAGUAUAGAAUUUAAGCCCAAAGGUACUUGUACAUUUUUAGUAUGACUUGGAAGAUCAUCCAGAUGCUACAUAUUUAUUUUUUUAAAACCCAUCAUUUCAUUGCCAAGAUGCACUUUUUUUGAGCCACUAUUAUGUGAGAGAUGCACAAUCUGUUUCACAUUCCUUCUGUUGGCAAUGUAGCAGCAGUUAAAUAACUGAAGUAUAUGUAGCUACUUUCAGCUCUAUUUGAAAAGAGGAAAAUAAAUUUCAAAUGGAAAAAUACAAUCAGUAGGGAAAGAAACUAUCAAGCUUCCAAUAGGACAGUGGUUCUCAAAUUUUUGUACUGGUGACCCCUUUCACAUAGCAAGCCUCUGAGUGAGACACUCCCCCACCCCCCUUAUAAAUUAAAAACACUUUUUUUAUAAAUUUAACACCAUUAUAAAUGCUGGAGGCAAAGCAAGGUUUGGGGUAGAGACUGACAGCUCACGACCCUCCAUGUAAUAACUUCGUGACCCCCUAAGGGGUACUGACCCCCAGUUUGAGAACCCUUGCAAUAGGGUAUCGAGCAACAAAGUGUUGUUGUUUUUUUUAAAUCAGUCUUUAUUAAAUAUUGAUACCUUUCUUUAAAGUGUUACUAAAAUAGUCAGAUACUGUUAGGGUGACCAGAUAGCAAGUGUAAAAAAUUGGGACGGGAUGGGGAGUAAUAGGAGCCUAUAUAGGAAAAAGCCCCAAAUAUUGGGACUGUCCCUAUAAAAUCAGGACAUCUGGUCACCCUAGAUACUGUUAAGUUGUUAUGUUAAUGUUUUAAACCCUGGAAAAUAUUGGCUUGUAAUGUUCUUGUUAAUUGUGACUGUGACUUAAUGGGUGAUUGUUAAUUGUAUUCCUCACAGUUUCUUCCAAAGCUAGCCAACAUGAAAUAGGUUCUUUCUUACCAUCAGAGAGUGAUAGAAGCAAUAGUCCCCUGAAGUCACUUCCCUGAGAAAGAGGGCUGCAAAACUGAGCUGUGGCCCAACUCCACCAACACAAGAUAAAGGAGGCAGGUGUCGGCUCGCACAGGAGAACUUGGAGAAAUCCAGUUAAACAGUAGGAAAGGCCUGUCAACAAUGUCCUAUGCUUCACAAGUUCAUUGAAGUAGUAAUGCUCAAUGCUGGAACCACCACAAGGUAGGUACAGGAAAAACCACCAACAGAGAAUACAGCUGUCAGCAUCCACCCUCCAAAAGUGGCAUCUUGUGACUCCCCUAUUCCCCAUAAUUAUACGAAGAAGUUAAUAUAAUGACACAUGGGUGCCUGAUAUAGUUCUAGCGAGUAACUUACUUUUUUCAGUCAAGUAAAAAUUACUUACUUACAUAAUGUUCCUGAAGGUUUCUCCUGAUAACAGUAGAUUCCCGACAGCAGUUUUGAACUUAAAGUAAUUGAAAUCCUAGGAAAUUAAACCCUUCUUGGUUCCUGCAGGAAACAGAACAAACAGAUCACCUGAUUUUUCUAACCCUUCUCGUUACUUUAAGAGACAGACUUAAAACCAUCCUCACAGCAAGGCUAAGGAUGAGGGGUUUUUUCUAAAUCCUGCCAAAUAUGAGCACCGAGAGAAGUCCCACAAAGAAAAUGGAACCUAGCCUGGCUGAAAGAACUCACCCAAUAUGCAAGAUGCAGGAAAACAAUUGAGCUGGGUCAUCUAUCCAUUACAUUCUAUAGGUGUAGUGACAGAACAAGAACUUUGGCUAUUUUUCUUGUCUCCUGCCAGUGGGGGGUACCUUUGUUUAGACGGUCAUAGGAUACUGAAGAAAGAAACUGCUAAAUCUUUUAUGUAAUAAGGUAUCCACUUAGAAAUAACUUUUUAUGUUCACUUUUUAGUUAAUUUUAUUUGUUUUAAAAAAUGUAUUAAAAGGCAAAAAAAAUAGGCAUUCCCAUUUUGAGUGCUUACUGAAAUCAGUUACUUCAAAUAUUUUGGCAGUUCACUGUUGUGCAUGAGUGAUCACCUGGAGUUUAAAAUCUGUAAUUGGGAGUCCAUUCCUGCAGACUUCAUGCAGUUAUUCCUUCAAUGGAAGUUUUACACAAAUAACAUCUGCAAGCCCAUGCUUUUCUAAAAACAUUUAAAAUAUGAACAUAGAUCAAAGACAAAAAUGGGUUUUUGUAUUAUGCUUUUUAAAAAAAUUAAUCUCAAACACUAGUUUAACCUGCAGAAUUCAAUCCAUCAUGUACAAAUGUUUUUUGAUGUAGGGCCAUUUUUGCAGUUUAAGUGAUACAUUUUCGUACAUAAAAGUCGCAAGUUGUCAAUUACAUCCCUUAAAUUUUCAGUUCUAGCUGCACCCUUCCAGCUGAAUAUCCUGUGUUCAAUUUUGUAAUUAUAAAUACAUUUAUCAGAAUUGUACACAAAUCCUUUUAUGUCUAACUUCUCUCACUUUCUUUUGACUUUAUUGAACAGUUUUUUACCAGCCUUCUGUUCUAAUUUGCAGGCUAAUACUUUUUAAUUAACCAAAAUAUGUAUAGCUUUCUUCACAAGCUUAUCCAUAGCUCAAAUACCAUACUCUCAAUUUAAUUAUAUUUUUUUAAAUUGUCGAGGUGCUUUGAUCUCUUACUGCUAGCUUCCUAGUUUCAAUUUUUUUUUAUUUUAUUUUUUUUUGGCUGGAAGUUUUUUUUAGUCACUUUUAUACAGUAGAAUCUUAUUAAUUUCCACUAAAGACUGGGACACCUGUUGCUAAUGACUGAAUUUUAUAAAAUUGAGUGAAUGAAAAAAAUUGAAAACCGAGGAUACUGCAUCAUAUUAUUUUUUGUAAAUUGUAGAGGCAUGCAUACACCAUAAUGACUUAGAUGUGGAUGAGUUUGUUUUAAUGUAUUAAAGGUAUUUUAUAUUAGAUAUAGAUUUUGUAAAUGAAAUAUACUGCUGCAUUUACUAUACAAUCUUUGUUUUGAGUUGGAGAUAGAGUAGACUAUCUUGUUUCUAGGUAGAUAAGCAGAGUUCUACUAUAUCAAAAUAUGAUGUUUCAUUGGGUUGUCAAGCCACAAGGCACUAACUGCGUUUUCCUCUGAAAUGCUCAAUCUAACCAUAUGAUCUGUUCUAAAAAAAUGAACCAUAUUGUUAAUUGGAGUUUUUACUCCAAUUAGAUGAUUAUUCAUGUGAAGACUUGUUGCAAAGGGAAAAAAGGACCACGUAGUUGACUGACUGGUGACCUCUAGAUAAUGCAAUUAGACAAUUUUGGCAUGAGCAUAUAGACUGAGGAUACAUCUACAUUGUAAUAAAAGACCUGGGGCAUGGCCACAGCUGGGGGUCAGCCAACUUGGGCUCAGACUGCAGCUAAAAAUUUCAGCAUAGACAUUGGGGCUCAGGCUGGAGCCCACAAGGAGGAUGGCUCUCAGAGCCAGGAUGCAGUCCAGGCCUGAACGUCUACACUGCAACUUUUAGCCCCGCAGCCCAAGAACAAGUCAAUUGACUUGGGCUCUGAGACUCGGUGCCAUGGAUUUUUUUUUUACUCCAGUGUAGACGUACCCUUGGGAUGAAAUCCUGACCCACUGAAGUCAAUGGGAGUCUUGCCAUUGAUUUCAGUGGGACCAGGAUUUUACUCUGAAUAUUCCAUAUAGAUUCCUUCAGAAUUUUCCCACAGAAGAAAGAAAUUCUCCCCAUCUUUAGGCUACUCCCAUUGCAAUGGAAAGAAAUUUUAAAUAUACCAGUGUGGAAGCAUGAGGAAUGCUAAAACACAGUAUAAUUAAAGUCCCCAAAAUUCCACAGCCUCUGGAAAAAUAUGACCAAAAAGAACUAAAAGCAGCCAAUACAUCUUCACGAAGGUAGACACUUGCAGAAUGGGCCCAUCAGAGCCUGGUCUGCGCGAGUGAUGGGUAUGAGGCCAGGUGGCUUUCUCCCUGGCUCAAAGGACUGCUGUUCCUCCCUUUGUUGGGAAACUCUGCAGAUUUAAGGACCAAAUACUAAACCCGUAGAUUUGUCUGAGGUUGGUGAAAAUGAACAGAUUAGACAGCAUAAUUUUACACCAAAAUAUAUGGACAGUCAAAAAAUGGAAUAUAUGGAAUUUAAAAUUUUUAGAUGUACUGAGAAGAUUUAGAAGAAGAUUUUCAAGAUUUAGACAUAUUUCCUGGUAUUGAGAAUCUAUUGAAAACGUGAAUUUAAUGUUUCCUUUUAUCAGAUGCAGCUAAGAAUAAAUUGGCUACAUUAUUUUAACUUGAUGCUGCUUUUGGUGAAAUACGAUGAACUGUGAUCAUAUCUUUUCCCUCCAUUUUUGUUAACUUGCAUGGUAAUUCAGAAACAAUAUUUUGGUUAAUUGGGAAGUCUGUAUAUUUCUAGAUUCUUCACAGACAGAUCCACAGAAAGAAAAUAUGAAUGCUAUAAUGUCUUGAGUCUUGAAGUGGUAUACAGAUAGCAUGUUUUUUUAAUCUGCAGAAUUGCAAGUUUAAAUAAGGAUUAAUACAUGUGAAACUCAGCCAAAAGAAAUUUUUAGUCUAAAUUGACUACUUCUGCUGUGUGUAAAUCAUCAUGAUCUUCUAGGAAUGAGAUUAAUGCCUACUUAUAUUUUUAAAUUUUUAUGCUAUUAAGAGAAUGAGAAAGGGUUUAUUUUUAUAACAAUUUAAUGUCUUUAUUAUCCUUCCAAGUGUCAACAUGGUAAUAAAUGCUGCUGUUCAUAAAUA